GUCCUCUGCGACCCCUUCCCGUCAACGACGAUGGCAGUAACAGUGAAGAACAAAGUAUGCCUUAUCGUCCACGAUGGCUGGGGCAUUGCACCAGAGAAGGGCACACCUGGAAACGCGAUAGAGGCCGCUGAUACCACGAAUAUGGAUAGCAUUGCUGAGAAACAUUCAUAUCGCACACUCAAAGCUCAUGGAACAGCUGUGGGUUUGAGUGAGGGUUUGAUGGGCAAUUCCGAGGUCGGACAUUUAAACAUCGGCGCAGGCCGCAUCGUAUGGCAAGAUAUUGUCCGCAUUGACGUUUCCAUCAAGAAACGGCAAUUCCACAAGAAUCCUCAAAUCCUGGAUAGCUGCAAGCGCGCUGUGGAGGGAACUGGUAGGCUCCACCUCCUUGGCCUGGUAUCGGACGGUGGGGUUCACUCCCAUAUAAACCACCUUUUUGCCCUCCUGGAAACCGCUAAAGAGCAGGGCGUCCCGCAUACCUAUGUUCAUUUCCUCGCCGAUGGUCGCGACACCGCACCUCGUUCCUCAAACAAGUACGCACAGCAGUUACUUGACUUUACGAAGAAGGAAAACUACGGUGAAUUGGCGACCGUUGUAGGUCGGUAUUAUGCCAUGGAUCGUGAUAAGCGAUGGGAAAGGGUCAAGGUUGCUAUUGAUGGACUCGUGGGUGGCGUUGGCGAAAAAGUGGAAGAAGAUGUCAUCAAGACAAUCGAGGCAAACUAUGCGAAAGAUGUAACGGACGAGUUUUUGAAGCCCAUCAUUGUCAAUGGAGAUGAGGGAAGAAUCAAAGAUGGUGAUACCCUGUUCUUCUUUAACUAUCGUUCGGAUAGGAUGAGAGAAAUCGUCUCGGUAUUCGGACUCCCCAAUAAACCAAUGGAGGUCGACAUUCCCAAGGACUUGGGAAUUACCACAAUGUCGACCUACAACUCCGAGUUCCCCUUCCCCGUAGCCUUUCCUCCUCAGCCGAUGACCAACGUCCUCGCGGAGUGGCUUGCAAAAGAGGGGAUAAAGCAAGCUCACAUUGCUGAAACUGAGAAAUACGCGCACGUCACUUUUUUCUUCAACGGCGGAGUGGAGAAGCAGUUCGCUCACGAGGAACGGCACAUGAUUCCUUCCCCCAAGGUGGCCACGUACGAUAAGGAACCCAAGAUGAGCGUGCACAGUGUGGCUGAGAAAGUUGCCGAGGUCUUGAAGAAAGGCGAAGACCAAUUCGUAAUGUGCAACUUUGCACCUCCGGACAUGGUGGGGCACACGGGAGUGUACGAUGCCGCUGUAGUCGCCGUCACCGAAACGGACAAAGCAGUAGGAACGGUUUACAAAGCUGCAGAAGAGGCUGGGUACAUCCUGCUCAUCACUGCCGACCAUGGCAAUGCGGAGAAGAUGAAGGAUCCUGUGACAGGCAACCCACAUACCGCCCACACUACGAACCCUGUCCCUUUUAUUAUGACGGGAAAUCCUGAUAUCUUGAAAUUUGCUGAGGAGAAAGCGGAGACGGAAAAGAAGGAGGAGGACGAAGAGGAGGGAGGUGCUCUUUGCGAUGUUGCCCCGACUAUAUUGGCUAUUAUGGGAUUGGAGCAGCCUAAAGAAAUGACCGGACGCUCUUUGCUUGCUAAAGAAUAGAGAAUCAGACAGUCGAACGUUGAGGACUCCUAGAAGAAUCAGAAAAAAUAACACUGUACACCAUUUUUAGAUUUGGAACUUGCGGGCAUUGGAAUGGCGGAUGUAAUAGUUGACCAUGAAGCUUUGCACACAAAAUCUCUUUUUGGCUC